AUUCUAAAACCCUAACUUUUUCAUACGGUGAAAUUGCGGAGGUCUGAGGAUGGUAACGCUAAGCUGGAAGCACCAUACCCUAAUUCAGGCUUUGAUUUCACGAGGUCCUCUCAAGGAGAAAGAAUUUCACUCAAUCUUCACCGGCGUCACCGGCAGAAACCCAGGAACUGUGAAAAAGAUAUUUGACAAGUACCUUCUUGAGAUAAACAAGGAACUCUCAUAUGUUCACUUUGAGUUGAAGGCUUGUAGAGAUCAGUAUGAUGGUCAAGUUUGUUAUGGAGUCGUUAACAAUGUGUCUGAUGAUCAAUCCAAACUCGGGACUAAAUAUUCUGUUCCGCAGAUCGCUUUCUUUAAAGGCAUUAUAGAAGCAAUUGCACAGGAUGAAGCUGCUCAAGGUUGCAUAUCGGGCUUUGAUGCUCUUAAUAUCCGAUUGGAGAAUCAGAUAUCAAGUGAAGCCAGCAGCAAUCAACAGCAAGUCCCUCCUGCUUUCAGGAACUUUUCGAUGUCGCAAAAGGAAAAAACUCUCGAUGAACUUGUAAGGGACAAAUGGCUGUGUCGCACAAGAGAGGGCAACAUCGGACUUGGUAUAAGAUCUCUUCUUGACCUGCGCAGUUGGUUCAGGAACAAUGAUGUUCCUUCAUGUGAGGUCUGCAAUGAAGCUGGAGUAAAGGCGGAUUUGUGUCCAACCGAUGGUUGCAAUGUCCGGAUACACAAGUACUGCCUCAAAAAAUUGUUAUCUCAAAGGGAUGAUAAGCGUUGCUCUGGUUGCGGUAAGCCAUGGCCUUUGAGUAAAAUUACAAAAUCAGAAGCUGUUGACGAAGCAAUGAAUGAGGAGGAAAGCGAGACUCAAGCCGCAGCUCCAAAAUCCAAAAGAAAAAGACAACUUAGGAGUCAUGGAGACUCAACUGAAAAUGGUUCUUCUCAAGCUUCUUUAGCUUCAACUAGUGGUGCUAAUGCGAGAAGAGUAACCCGUAGCGGGCACUCGAGUCAUGGAGUGUUAAACUCCUCGGUUAAAGUGUACAACAUAUCUAAAUUUUAAUUCCGAGAAUUUGAUUUCAAUUACAAUUACUUAGGUUUCAGGGGAUGCUAAAUUUUGAUUUUGUCCUUUGUGCAUUUAACUAAAAUUCAAAUGAACUU